AUGGAAUAUACUGGUAAUUUUAACGACGAAGAUGACUUCUUCCUCGACGUAAUGCAGAAUUUUUCUCAAGAUAUAUAUUCAUACUCCAAUAUUAUUGAAGAGAAAGAUCAAUUAAAAGAUCUUUCUUCGUCUCCCCUAAAAUCUUCUUCUGGCUUUCUCAUUUCGUUUUCAUCAUCUCAAGAAGAAGAAAAUAUUGCAAUUGUAAAAUCUCAUUUGGAAGAAAUUAAUGCAUGUCAAGCAUUUGAGGGCAAUAAUAAUAAUAAUAUUAUGUACAAGAGGACUCCUUUACAAGCUCAAGAACAUGUUACUGCUGAGAGGAAACGCAGAGAAAAAAUGGGCGAGCUUUUCAUUUCUUUGUCAAAGGUUGUUCCUGGUCUAAAGAAGUUAGACAAGUCUUCUAUCCUUGGAGAUACUAUUGAGUACACGAAAGAGCUUCAACAACAGGUAAAAAUUCUUGAAGAGACAAAGAAAAACAUACCAUCUGCCUGCGAAAAUAUUAAUGAUUCCUCUUCCUACAACAAGAAUGUUAACUGCAUCGACGACCAAGUACUAGGAUCAAAGAUUAAGACAAGGAUUUUGGACAAAAAUGUACUUAUCAACAUUCACUGCAACAAACAAGAUGGGGUGGUGGGAAGAAUAUUGUUCGAAAUGGAGCAAUUGCAUCUUUCAGUUAAUGACAUAAGGAUCAUGCCAUUUGGUUGUACUAAUCUCGAAAUAUCAAUUCUUGCUGAGAUGGAGAAUGGAUGUUGUAUAACUGUGCAGGAUAUCGUAAAUGCCCUUCAAAUCAACAUUCUGGACCAAGUUCAAUCUGCAGUUGCAUGA